ACCUAAAACUCAAGUGGAUACAACGCUCAAAUAACAACCCCAACCAUUCCCGAACAAGAAGGAUUGUGGUGUAUCACUUUUAGAACAAUGAAGAAACAUAAUUCAUCUAGAUUUCUAUUCGUUGUCAUCAGUUUCUUUUUCACACAGAAAAUUGCCAAGGGAAGCACCUACUACGAGGUCCAAAACUUCCAUGUUCUGCUUGAUGAGAGUCCUCGCUACGUUAUAAGAGUCAAGGACUUGUUACAGUGUACUUUGGAGUGUACCAGAUCUGUGAACUGCCUUCAUGUCAACUUUGGAGUCAUAAGCCACGAGUGUCAAAUAUUCGAUAAGACGAUCAGAUUAAUGGUUUUACCGAGCAAAGAGUUUCACUAUCUCAAGGUGAUGCGGUCACCCUGCGCCCAGAAUCCCUGCAAAAAUGCGACCGAGUGUAUUGAUCUCGCUGGUAUGGAAUUUAAGUGCGCAUGCGCCAAACAACAAGCUGGAAGACUUUGUCAAUACAAUGUUAUUCACCACUGGGUGCUGACAGAUGAUCGUGAGCAAGGAAUGAGCCUAGUUAACGGACCAACCUUUCUCGAAGGCCGUACACCCGGCACAAAAGCCAUCGCUUUUAAGAACCCCCCUUACCCAUGCUAUGCAGAGCUCAAAACAGUUCAACACUACUUUGUAAGCUUCAGCAUCGCCUGCUGGCUCCGACUGAACUCUAACAGUGAUAUCCAGGUCAUUUUUGGCGACACGGGCAAACCUAAUCGGGCGUUCUCGCUCUUCGCUAAGAAAGGCCCAUACCUUGUGUUCACACGAAACUCCUUAGACAGCUCCCCAAGGUUCAGAGUUCAAUCACGCUUGCUUCCUAUUGGCCGAUGGUGUCAUGUUGCAGUCACGUGGGACCAAGUAAAUGGAAUUGCAAGGGUGUAUGUCGAUGCUGAGGAGAGCGGGCGGCAGUCGUUUAAUGUUACGAAGUCUUGGUACGCUGCCUCGAAGGACGGGUAUCGUAUUGGUUGCUAUGGUUACAGUGCGGAAUCCCAGCUCGAUGGAUCAAUGGCCGACCUGUAUAUUAUCGAAGGUGCUUUAAAUCGGCAUGAUCUAAACGCACUUAUGGGGUCUUAAACAAAAACAUUCGAGUAAUAAAGCAACUAUAGUAAAACUAAGGAUAACGGGAUUCCAAAGCUGAUUUCAUCUGUGUGUCAUGAAACUGUUAGAAUUCAUACUGUAAUCUAAUAUGAAACUUUGAUUAAAUGAAUAAGAUCAACUGGGCAACCAC